AUGAUUAACUUGGAUAAAAGAAAUGGAACAUGGCCCGGCAAACCUGGAGACUUGAGAUUCGGAACAUGGAAUAUACGAACCCUCUAUAAACCUGGAGCUCUGCAUAAUAUAAUCCAGAUAACUAGUAAUUACAGAACAGAGAUAACUGCUCUACAAGAAAUAAGAUGGCCAGGAAAUGGCAUUUUAGAAUCAGGGAAUUCUACAAUCUUCUAUAGUGGAACAAAAAAUCAAAAACAUGAAAAUGGAGUUGGCUUCAUCGUAAAAAAUUCAAUGGUGAAUUCGGUUAAUAAAUUCGAACCAAUCAGUGAUAGAUUAUGCUAUUUGCAAAUCUCGGGAAAAGUUCUGGAUGUUGUGUUCAUCAAUUGCUAUGCCCCAACGGAGUCGGCUGAAAACAACGCAAAUGACGACUUUUAUGACUCAUUAGAAAGAACUUUCGACAAACUUCCCAGGAAUUGUAUAACGAUCAUAGUCGGAGAUCUAAAUGCCCAAGUCGGCCGGGAAGAGAUUUUCCAAAGAACAGCGGGAAAGGAAAGUCUACACCUAGAGAGCAAUAGCAACGGGAUAAGAUUAAUUAGUUUCGCUGCAUCAAAAGACCUAAUAAUUAGCAGCACCCAGUUCCAACGAAAAGAAAUACAUAAACAUACCUGGACCUCCCCAGGUGGAAGGUUUAAAAGCCAAAUCGACCAUAUAUUAAUUAAUAGAAGACACAGAAACUGUAUAACACAAGUAAGAAGCUGCCGAGGAGCUGAUGGGGAUACGGAUCACUAUCUUGUAACAGCAUGUUUUAAAGUAAAUCUAUCAAGAGUAUGGAACAAAAGGAUGAAAAGUAAGCCAAUACUGGAUACAGAAAAAUUCAGAGACCCUGAAACCAGAAGAAAUUUCCAAUUGCUAACAAAUAAUCUACUAAAAAACGAACCCACUAUCUUAAGCAAGAAUAUAGAAAACAAAUGGAAAGAAAUUAAGGAAACAGUUAACAGGGCCGCUGAAAUCUUUAAAGAAAACAUUCGGAAACCAAAAAACUCAUGGUUCAAUGACUUAUGCAAGGAUGCAAUCAAUAAAAGAAGCGAAGCCAGAAGUAAAGCUAUACAGAAUCCAACACCGGAAAACCAAGAAGAAUUUUUAACACUUAGAAACCGAGCUAAUAAAAUUAUUAGAAGAGAGAAGAGAAAGGCUGAAAAAGAAUUUGUAAGUAAUAUUGAGGAACACAGGCUAAACCCUAGAAGGUUUUUCAAAAAAUGUAAUUCUAUAAAGAAAUGUUUCAAUGCUCAACUCACUAUGCUGAAAGAUGAUUGUGGACACCUUAUUACAGAUGAAGCGAAUAUUUUAAAGAAGUUUCGAGUUUACUUUAAAGAUCUAUUAAAUAUAAAUCAAGACAAUAACGUUCCGGAAGAGGUCCACCUGCUUCGCUAUACAGUACAGCCAGAGAUCACUGAACCAGAUGAAGAAGAGAUUAAACUAAUUAUAAAAAUGCUAAAGAACAACAAGGCCCCUGGGGAAGACAACAUAAAUGCUGAACUAUUUAAAAUUUCGACCCCAAAAAUGUUCUCGGAAAUAUAUACUUUAAUCAAAGAAAUCUGGAAAAAAGAACAAAUCCCUCAGGAUUGGAAAUUGGCAAUAAUUUGCCCAAUAUAUAAAAAAGGCGAUACAAUGGAUACAAAAAACUAUAGAGGGAUAGCACUAUUAAAUACCUGCUACAAAAUAUUAUCCACUGCUAUAUUACAUAGACUGGAAAUAUAUUCCAAAGAUAUAAUAGGAAAAUAUCUAACUGGAUUCAUAAAAGGAAAAUCUACCACUGACCAUAUAUUUACGAUUAGACAAGCAUUAGAAAAAUAUUAUGUAUUUGAAAAAGAAGUGCACUUAUGUUUUGUUGACUUUAGCCAAGCUUAUGACAGCAUCAAUAGAAACAAAUUAUGGAUAACCUUAGAAGAAUUUGAAAUACCUUCAAAGUUAAUCCGAUUAAUAAAGGAAUGUAAUUCCAAUACAGCGUGUUAA